UUUUUGUCAUCGAAAGGAGUCAGUUGAAGAAGUCAACAACAAUCAAUAGAAAAAGUUUUUAAAAACAUUGAAAACAUUAAACGAACGCCAUUAUUAACUUCUCUAGUCUUGUUUCAAGCAAAAGAUUUUUUUUAUAGAAAUGGAAUUUCAGAGAAUGAGAAUUUUAGGAGUAGCAUUUGUUUUCUUUAUUUCGCAGAAUGAAGGAAAAUUAAUUGACACAUUGUACGUCGGAGACUAUGAAUUAACCUAUUAUAAAGAUGGAAAAGAUUUAUAUAUCGGCGGUGAAGAAAUUAUUAACGUAUGUGGAGUAAAAAUGCCUGGCUCAAGAUUGGUGAUUAUAGAUAAUGAAGAGAUACAUGAAGCAGUAAAAGAACUCUUGAAAAACAAUACAUCAGAUAAGUCCUGGAUUGGUGCAUUUAAAAAUAGAGAAACCGAGGAAUACUAUUGGAUGAACGGGGAAAAGCUUAAAGCCGGAUUUACUAAUUGGGCUGAGAAUGAACCAACUGACGUCUAUGUUGCAGAAUACGUGCAUGUCGCAUUUGUGUAUUCUGAUUUGAAGUGGUUUGGUGAGCCAAAUUUCUAUUACAAUAAACCUGGAUUCAUAUGUCAAACUAGAAUUGACAAACUCCAACCGUCGUACUACGCUGAACUUUCUUUCGGAGAUACAAACUCUACAAACACAAGCGUUCGAACUAUGGCCUAUUGGGACGCACAGAAAAUGUGCACAAAGAAUCAAAGUAGAAUUGUAGACAUUUUUAACGAUAGAGCGUUCUUUGAUAUUCGUGAAAAGUGUGCCAGUGACCCGACACUAAAGUAUUGGAUACGAAAAGGUGAAAACUCCAAAAACUGUUUAAUUAUGGGAAGUGAAGGGUGGUCACAAAAUGAUUGCGAUGAUCCGUCUAUUUAUCCCAUUUGUGAGAAAAUUCCACCAUGGGGCUUGAGAGUUUCCAACGAACGACCAGUUAUUAAGAGAAAAGAAAGCAUUACGAUUGACUGUAGAGCAUCAGGAUAUCCAAUUCCAAUGGUUGGUUGGCAACGAAAUGAUGAAACUGUCAGCGACGAUUUAGAUCAACGAAUCCAUCAGAUCAAAUAUGACGGAAUGUCUCGACUUGUGAUAACGAACGCCCACUCGUUUGACGAAGGAAGAUAUCAUUGCUUUGCCAAUAGUUCAAUUCAUUCUGUGAGAGGAUACGCAGAUCUCAGAGUUAUUUGUUUUGAUGAAGAACUCAGACCAGAAAGAAAAACAAUUGUGCAACAUAAUUUUACAACAUUUGAAAAAAAUUUCGGACAAAAUAAAAUAUCUGAAAGCAAUAAACCAAGUGCCGCUCUACCAUCAUUUGGUCGACCUUCAAUCAACAAUUCAGAACACUGGGUGUGCAGUACAUGGAAGUUCUCAGUUAUUGUAGCUUUUGCAGUACUCUGGUUAAUUGUUAUCCUGGCGUAUACAAUAUAUAUUUGUCAUUUCAAGAAAACAACAAAGUCGGCCGACCUGUUUAGAUUCAAUGCUCUUGAUGGUAAGUUAUAUUAUAGUAGGUUAUAAAUGUUUUAGCUUUAAUAACAAGCACAUUGGCAGUUUCACUAGCGAUUCCUUAGUCAAAGGGUAAAUCGCCAA